GUCUUUUUAUGGUAAUCUCAAAUCUGGUCAUAGUCAAUGAGUGAUGUAAGGUUAUGUAUUGUUAGGUUACUUUGAAGACUUCUUAUUAGUUCUAAAAAUUAGUUAAAAUUUUCUAGUUAAUUUCAUAAGUCCUCAUUAUUAAAAUAUUUAAAUGUCUGUUGAAAGUGGUAUUCAAGACUUCACUGAGAAAAUGACUCUGAAUGAUGGUAAAGAAGAUGAAGAUGAUGUUGUUGAUCCUUGGAAUGUCCAAAGUAAAAAUAAAACUGGAGUUGAUUAUGAUAAAUUAAUUAAACGAUUUGGAAGUUCCAAAAUAGAUCAAGAGCUGUUGACUCGCUGGGAAAAAGUCACUGGGAAACCCAUACAUCACCUUAUGAGGCGGGGUAUUUUCUUCUCUCACAGGGACAUGCACACAAUACUGAACCUAAAGGAACAAGGAAAACCAUUUUACCUGUAUACCGGGAGAGGUCCAUCCUCAGACGCUAUGCACCUGGGUCAUUUGAUCCCUUUCAUUGUGUCUAAGUGGCUGCAAGACGUGUUCGAUGUGCCCUUGGUCAUCCAGCUGACUGAUGAUGAAAAGUUUUUGUGGAAAGACUUGACAGUAGAAGAAACCAUAAAAUUGGCCAGAGAAAACGCUAAGGACAUAAUCGCUUGUGGUUUUGAUGUAGAAAACACUUUUAUAUUUUCUGAUUUCAACUAUAUUGGGCAGUGCCCAGGGUUUUAUCAAAACAUUGUGAGGAUACAAAAGUCGGUGACAUUUAAUCAGGUGAAAGGUAUAUUCGGCUUUGGUGAUAGUGAUGUCAUUGGUAAGAUCAGCUUUCCUGCCACCCAGGCAGCGCCUGCUUUGUCCACAUCGUUUCCUUUUAUUUUUGGUGCCAAGAAACUUAAUUGUCUCAUUCCUUGUGCUAUUGAUCAGGAUCCUUACUUCCGUAUGACGAGAGACGUCGCACCCAGACUAGGUUUCCCAAAGCCUGCAUUGCUUCAUUCCGUGUUCUUCCCAGCACUCCAGGGAGCCGAGACGAAGAUGUCUGCCAGUGACCCCAACACAGCUAUAUUUCUCACAGACACUCCAAAACAAAUCAAGAACAAGGUAAACAAGCAUGCAUUUUCUGGUGGCCGAGACACUAUCGAGGAACACCGAGAGAAAGGAGGAAACUGCUCAGUAGAUAUCUCCUACCAGUACCUCAGGUUCUUCCUUGAAGAUGAUGAGAAGUUGAAAACUGUAGAACAGGAGUAUUCUAGUGGAGCAAUGUUGACGGGAGAGCUGAAGAAGCUGCUAAUAGAGACUGUAACGCCGAUAGUACAAGCACAUCAGCAGAGGAGAGCGGCAGUGUCAGAGGAGGUGGUGACACAGUUCAUGACCCCUCGACCCCUCAGGUUCAUGAAUCAGUAAAGCACAGGACUCUGUGAGGAUUAUGUUAAUGUUAACCAGGAUGGGAAGUGGGAGGAAUAAAACAGUUUUUAAAUGGAGUUAUUGUAUAAAAUCUCAAGAGAAAAUUUUAGCAAACGACUUUUACGUUGUACCAUUUUUAUCCAACACCUUCCAGUUUCGGGGCAUUGUAUGACUGGACACCUGUAUUAACUAAUGUAACAUGCUUGCAAACCUCAGCAAUUAUAGGUUAAAAAAAGUCCCUGUCCAUUUUCCGAUGUCAAUGCCAUCUGACUGUAAAGUUCUACUGUACUUGCCAAGCACAUUUGAUGUUCAUCCACAUUCUAUCCACAAAGUAUUUUACCAUGAGCUAGAAACGUGAAAAUUUCGACAUCGUGGUUCUCGGACAAUCAUUGUGGAAUUCAAGGUUUGUCCACUCGUUUUGUUUUCAGUGCAUUUCGAGCAGCAAAAGUAUUUUGAAUACAUUUAUUGCUGGAUAAUAAUGGAAAUAAAGGAAAUUAAUUGGGUGUAUUUAGGGUUAAUUGUAAGACAGGGCCUCAUGGCCCUAAAUUCACUCUUUUGUAUAUGUGAUACAAAUAGUCAUUUGAACUUGAACUUGAGCUUGAAAUAGUUCAUUGAACACUCUUCAAAAAUUACUCAAGUAAACUUUGCGUAUAUUAAAAUUAAACUUGGAUUUAUCACUUAAAAAUUACUGAAAAAACUGUACGUGUUGGGGACUAAGAAGAUAUAAGAUUAAAAAAUAGAAAGAAAUAAAAAACAAUAAUUUUUGUCUCAGAUCAUAUUGUGCUUAAGCUUGACACACUUAAAACCAAAUAAAUAAAUGUCAAACAUGUAACUAAAUCAGUGUCAUGUAACCAUAUACAGACCUUUAUGUAAUUGUCUGACAGCGAUAUAAUUAUAUUUGUGUAUUUAACGAUCUGUUUUAUUGAGUAUUAGGAAAUUAAGUAAUUUGAAAAAACUAUAGUUUUAUAUUUUUAACCGUUUUGAUACCCUCCCAUUUCGACCUUCACCAAAACUAACCUGACUGACAGUCAAUUUAUUUAAUUAAUUUUUCUAUUUUUUUCAAGAAAACCCAGGUUGUGUGCUCAUACAGUGGAAAUUGGCUUCUGGACUGUUAACAAUAAAUCAAUCUGGAGGCAUUUUGCUUACUUAAAUAUUUCAUCAACAAUAUUAUCAUACACAAUUUCAGUGCUUACAAUUUCGUCAGAGUUCCAAUAUUUUAUUACUGGGAUACUAUCCUAAAUUAAAAAUGUUUGAUUAUAUUCUAUAAAAAUGUGAGAAAAUGGUGGCUUUAAAAGAUUAAUAGAAAUUUAUUGGAAUUAUUCUGUUGUUGUGAAUACAAGAGAAUGAGGCUUUAAACCCACUUCUCCAUCCUGGGCCAGCUUACAAUGAAAAUAUUUGAGAUAAACUAAAUGGCUUAAGUAUUUUUUAAAUUAUUUUCAGCAAUAAGUUUUACUACUUCACCGCCAGUGUCUUUUAUACUUUUAUAAUUUACACUAUUUAAAUAAGAUACCACAUUGUACUUUUUUUACCUUAUUUAAUAUAAAUAGGAUUUUGAAUUGUUUUGUUUUUAUUAUUGUCUGAUAAAAAGUGAGAAAUGAAUAUGUACAUGUAAUACUUCUGUUUGAUGACAUAUUUAGUAUAUUUAUUUAUUUUUACAUGUAUUUGGUUAAUACAAAUGAUUGCUUAGUUUGUUUGAUCAUGUUUAAAAAGUAAUAAUCGAAAUUGGUAACAUUGUUAUAAAUAUUAUAUAAAAUUAUUUAUUUUAUAAAUUGCAUUAGAACUAUUGAUGUAUAUAAUGCAUGUUUUAAAUCAUAAAUUGUUUUGGGUGAUUCACUCCAUAAUUUAUGUAAUGUGUACAUAAAAUUAUGUAUAUAUAACAAGAACAUAUUUUAUUGUUUUUAUUUCAAAAUUGUAACAAUAUAACAAACAUUGAUGUUCCAAAGUGAUAACUUGCAAUAGAAUAUAUGUAUACAAUAAGUUAUAAAUUGUUUUGUUGUAUAAUAAUAUGGAGUAUGUUUAUUCGCUAUGGCUUUCCUAUUUAUUUGUUCAUACAGUUAUAAAAUAAAUAUUAUAAUUAUCAACACCUUAAA